AUGUCUUCUAAAAAAGAAGUAAUUACAAAGCAUAGAGUUGAAAGUGCUACAAGAUCUUAGAAGAGAAAAUUGGAAUAGGCUAUUCUAUAAAUCAAUAGUCAGUAACCUUUAACAAAAGCUUAACAAAAGCUACCUACAGAAGAGGUUGAAUUAUAUAAUAAUGUAAAUGUGUAACAUGUGAUCAAUGGAACUGAUUUAGCUUGGAAUCACUUAGAGAAUAUGCCAAAGAAAUAAAUGGAUCUUGUCUUUCUCCCUUAAGCAAUAGCUGGAAUGUAGAAUGUUUAUUGUGUAGUAAAGAAAAAAUAUAAUGCAGAAAUGGCUAAAAAAGAAUAAUAAGAAGCUGAGAGAAUUUAAAAGAGAUAAGAGAAACAUCGUUUAUUUGAAUAGAAGAAAUUAAAAAAUGAAUAGAUGUAUGCUAAGAUAGGUUUGAAAAAAACUUAUUAGUCUGUUCCUGCGACUUAAUUUACAGAAGAACCACUUUUUUAAAGAUUAAGUUAACCUAAAUAAUCCUUUAUUUAAUAAUCCACUUAUGAUCUAUCAGAUUUUAAAGGGUUACCUAUAAAAAAUCUUACCUUUUUAGAUAAAUAUAAAAAUCCAAUUUUAGUUAAUCAUUUUAUAAAUUCAAAUCUAUUACCUAAAUCUGUAAAUAAAGAGAAACUAAGAACUAAAUUUGAAACAUCAGAUCAAAAAGUUCAGUAAUUUCAAAAUACAAUUCAAUUAGAUGAAUUAAAUUUAGAUAAUGAUUAUAAGGAUAAUGCAAUGUUAGAAAUAGAUCAAUUCGAAAAAAUGUUAUCUACUAAACCAUAAACUAUGUAUUCAUAAGUUAAAGAUCGAGAAAUUUAAUUAUUGUAGUCUGUUGAAGGAUUUAGAUCUCUAAGAAAAAUUAAAAAAGAUACAAAUUAUAGACAUUUAAUUGGAGAUCAGAUUAGAGAUUAAAUUUUAAUCAAAUAAUGA